AUGCCUGUGAAAGAUACGGCCAACGCCACCACGGUCCCAGUGGACGUUGAACAAGGCCAUCGCGAUCAGAUUACUCCCAGCGCAUCCACUUCGCUCGCUCGAAAUGGGGACAUAUCGAAACCUGCCACGCCACGAAGAAGCCUAGAACUAGAUGAUGGCGCACCGCGCAAUCGAAACCUCAACACCCGGUCACCAUGGAUAAAGUUUGAGGCAAAGCUGCCGGCGGCUGUCGCUCAAAUAAAUCACAAGAUAGUGAGCUGGAUGAAGGGCCCGGAAACCCAACAAGAUACAUCACAUCACUCCACUAUUGGAGCGCAUUCAGACAUGGCCCAUCAGACUGCUUGCGCGCCUGCCUCGGUGGUUUCUAGCGUGCCCAGCGCCCAAUCUUGCGGUCUUGAUGGUCGCAACUGUCUCCCAUUUGCUGAUUCUUCCUUCGCCUUCAAUUGUCCUGCCAGCUGCCUCGGCGCCCAAGUCCUCAACCCCCGAGCCAUCGGAAACACCUCUAUAAAUUACCGAUCGCUCGUUGUUGGCGGUGCGCCAGACGAAGAUGAAGGUUUCGCACGGGUCUACCGAGGCGACUCGUUUAUUUGUGGUGCAGCCAUACAUGCUGGUGCAAUCAAAAAUGGGCAAGGAGGCUGUGGUGUGGUCUCGCUGGUGGGAGAGAAGAGUAGUUUUCCCACGGUGUCGCAAAAUGGCAUCAUCCAGUGUCGGGUCGGCAUGGCUUCGGAUACACCAAAUUACUCAAACUAUGCUUCGUUGGCAUCAACAAUACUUGGACGUUUCUUGCCUGCAGCCUUGGUCGCCGCCCUGUUCUAUCAAUUUAGUAUCCGGAAAACACUACGAAAUUGCAAGGCGCAUGUGGAAAAGACUGUCCUCUGGGUCGGCGCUGCAUGGGUUGGAGCACUCAGCAACUAUACCCUCGAGAAGAUCCCCAUCCAGCGACUCACGGGCCACGAUAUUCGCCAGCAACCUGGAGCCAUAACCGCGCUUGUCAUAAUCAUUUUGAUCCUCUUCAUUGUCAUCCUCUACCAAUGCUGGUGCUUGCGAAGCGAAGGCCGUCUGCCCCGCUUCCUUGGUCUCUAUGCCAUCUUUGGCAUCAGUUUAGGUAUCUUGUCCGCCAUGCCACACCUUACGCUUCGUAUACAUCAUUACAUCCUGGCUCUGCUACUUCUACCUGGUACAUCUAUGCAAACGCGCAUCAGUUUGCUUGCUCAGGGUCUUCUUGUUGGACUUUUCAUCAACGGCGUCGCACGCUGGGACUUUGAUUCUAUCCUGCAGACCGCUGCUCAACUUCGUGGCGACGCCCAGCUCGGCACUAGCGUGCCCUCUAUUCUCGAGCCACUCAUUAAUGGUACAAAUGUCACUUUCACGUGGAAAGGUAUACUACGUGGGUACGAUGGCAUCAGCGUCCUUAUAAAUGACGUAGAACGCUUCAGGGGUAUUGAUGCUGAAGCGAACUUUACGUGGACGAGACAAGCAGUGGAUUUGCCCGAGUAUUUCCGCUUUGGGUUCAUCAACUACUCACCUUUUGGAGCUGUGAGGUAUAGCGACUUUACAAAGGCAGGAACGUGGUGGGUAAAUGGAACUUGGGGCGGUAUUCCGCCAGGGAGGACGUAG